AUGGAGGUGUGCUGCCGAGCCUGCAUGCCCUGUCUAAACCGCCUGUGGAACUGGGUUUGGCCUGAACCGAGCUAUCCGAGCGUCACGCCGGCGGCGGAAAUCCGCACGGUGUCGGGGGAUCUGCGCGUGCCGCAGCCCAAGAAGCGGCCUGCGCAGCUCUACGCCGCCCUGUACGACUUCGAAGCCCGCAGCGAGGAGGAGCUCUCGGUCAAAGAGGGUGACAAGCUGUCGGUAAUCGAGAAGCGAGGGCAUUAUGUGCUGGCCAAAAAGCUCACAGGAAGCCUGGAGUCCGGCCUGGUGCCGGCCAACUACGUCGCGCUGCUGCAGGACGAAUUUGCUAAAUACAAAUGGUACUAUGGGAACAUAAACAGACAGAAAGCUGAGAAGCUGCUUUUAGCUCCACAAAAUAAAACGGGUUCCUUCCUGGUUCGAAUCAGUGAAAGUCAUAGUGAUGAAUACACCAUAUCAGCCAGGAGUGAAACCAAUGUCUUCCAUUUCCGUAUUCAGCGCUCUUCCGUUGGUGCUUACUUCGUGUCUGAUAAGAUCUCCUUUGCCACUUUGGAUGAGCUUAUCAGAUACUACCAGAACAACCCCAAGAUCCUGGGAUGCCCCCUGGACCAACCGUGCGUACAGCAGAGGGAGCUGUUUGACAUGGAGCCAUGGGAGAGGCCGAGAGAAGAGUUUAAGCUGGUCAAGAAACUAGGGGAGGGGCAUUUUGGCGAGGUAUGGGAAGCUGUAUGGACUACUAAGGACAAGAAAGUGGCCAUUAAAAUGUUAAAACAAGAGGACACCAAACUGGAUGAGUUUGUGAAGGAGGUCCAUGCACUGAAAAACCUGCACCACCCAAAGCUCAUUCAGCUGCUCGCACUGUGUACACGGGGAGAACCUGUCUACAUCAUUACUGAACUAAUGGCUAAAGGCAGCCUCAAGUCCUACCUUGCAUCUCCAGAGGGACAGGUUUUGACCUCAGCUCAUCUAAUCUACAUGGCUGGUCAGGUUGCAGAAGGAAUGGCCUAUUUGGAGGACCGGCAUAUUGUUCAUCGAGAUCUGGCUGCUCGAAACAUCCUGGUGGGAAGUGACCUAGAGUGUAAAGUGGCUGAUUUUGGCUUGGCUCGUAUUAUAAAGGACAGCGUGUACACAGCCAGUAGGAACACUAAGAUUCCUGUGCGUUGGACAGCUCCUGAAGCAGCACUGCAUCAGCGCUUCUCAGUUAAAUCUGAUGUCUGGUCCUUUGGAGUGCUGCUCUAUGAGAUGAUGUCACGGGGGAAGAUGCCAUAUGAGGGGAAAACCAAUAAGGAAGUGUUGGAGUUACUUGCUACAGGUUACAGAUUGCCAUGUCCCAGUCGCUGUCCUCCCAAUAUCUACCGCAUGAUGACGGAGUGCUGGGCAGCUGACAGCUCCAAACGGCCAUCAUUCCAUGCAUUGCACAACCAACUGGACAACAUUUACUCCAGAAUCUACUACAAAACCAUUGAAGUGUAGGACCCUUAUUUGAGAAGGAGCACAAAAAAGUCACACAAGAGAGCGAAUGAAGGGAUUUACUGAUGGUUUACUGGUGCUGGCUCAGAGGGCAAACUGAGGCUGCUUCCUGCCAAAAGUGUGUUGAUGAAUGAGUUUUCUUUUUUUAAAUAAGACGUGUGCAAUAAUAAAAAGAAGCAGAAGAGAAAAAACAACAUAAAGCAUGUUUAGGGGCAUGCUUAGUUACUGGUCAGUGUGAUGUGUGUUGGAUUUUCAGGUUGUGAUUCCUAACAGUGUUCAGCCUGUGUUGUGCUCCACUGUUAGCCACACAGAGACUCAAGGUUCAGGAUCAGUCCCAGCCUAGCGAAUCAGUUUCUGUUUUCCAGUGAGUGUUUUGUUUACCAGUGGUGCACCUGCCAACUGUGGACUUUCUGUCUUUUGAACACAAAGACAAAGAGAACAAAGACUGUUACAUGUAAUCGACCAUCUAAGGAGGUUUAUUUCAGACUUCUAAAAUCUCUGCUGCAAUUAUAAUUUUUUUUUUUUUUGCAUUUUAGCACGUACUGAGCACGUAUAGUAGGAGUUUUGAAAGCAGCAGCCACAGUUAUCUUCCUUGUCUCUGGAUGCAAUUUUUUUGUCAGUCUGGAUGCCUCUUAUUCAUGGAAACAAUUUCUGUGAUUAAUGUCUUCCUAAUCAUUACAAGUCAUCACAAGAAGGAAUUAAAUUAUGCACCGUGAGUUUGAAAGAUAUUUUAAAAUAAAGUAUUUUUUUAAUAUAUGUG